ACACUGGGCAGAGUGUGAAAGUCACGGUCCAGUAGCAGGGCUGGGUGGAUAAGCCGGCGCUACGAGGGUGGGUGUGCUGGGCGAGGGUGAGGACAGAUGUGGACAGGAGGCGUGGAGCUCUGUGAAGGCUUGACCCCGCCCUGGAGGUCGCAUGGACGCCUGUGAAGGAGGGGAGAUUGGACUGAGAGCAGAACGCGAAAGGGGGCAAGUGUGUCCUGCCUCUCUGGACAGUGACAUUCCCUCAGUCUAGUGUGGGGACUGCAGUUGGUACUGUGUGACCAGGGCUCCUGAAGCUGUUGUCCGGGGGCAGGGAGGGGCUGGAUCCUGAAGGGCGGGGGACACCGGGAGAGGGUUUCGGGUGGAGAACGGUGACCGGGGGAAGCCCUGAGCAGGCAGGAGGCUGGGAGUGGGAGCUGAGUUGCGCUGGAGUCACGUGGAGUGUGAAUGUUGUGAGUGUCCCGGAGACACCUGGGAAGCAGCUGGAGGGACGGGCCUGAACCUCAAGGAAGAAUUCUAGCCUCAGGAGAGGGUGGGCUCCCUUGGAGAGGCAGGCGCAGAGUCUGGAGGAGCAGCCGUGGGGAGGGUGUGAGAUGGCAGACAGGUUAGCAGAAAACGCACGGAAAGGGGGCUGGAGGAUUUAGCCACUCUGUGCUCCCCUCCUGGCAGCUCCGGGCGUCCUCCUGAGCACACCGGCGCUAUGGACUCCCCAGGAUACAACUGUUUCGUGGACAGAGACAAGAUGGACGCUGCCAUCCAGGACCUGGGGCCCAAGGAGCUGAGCUGCACCGAUCUGCAGGAACUGAAGCAGCUGGCACGCCAGGGCUACUGGGCCCAGAGCCACGCGCUGCGGGGAAAGGUGUACCAGCGCUUGAUCCGGGGCAUCCCCUGCCGCACAGUCACGCCCGACGCCAGCGUGUACAGCGACAUCGUGGGCAAGAUCGUGGGCAAGCACAGCAGCAGCUGCCUGCCACUGCCCGAGUUCGUGGACAACACCCAGGUGCCCAGCUACUGCCUGAACGCGCGCGGCGAGGGGGCCGUGCGCAAGAUCCUCCUGUGCAUUGCCAACCAGUUCCCGGACAUUUCCUUCUGCCCCGCCCUGCCGGCCGUGGUGGCCCUGCUGCUGCAUUACAGCAUUGACGAGGCCGAGUGCUUCGAGAAGGCCUGCCGCAUCCUGGCCUGCAAUGACCCCGGCCGGAGGCUGAUCGACCAGAGCUUCCUGGCCUUCGAGUCGUCCUGCAUGACAUUCGGGGACCUUGUGAACAAGUACUGCCAGGCGGCCCACAAGCUGAUGGUGGCUGUGUCGGAGGACAUCCUGCAGGUCUAUGCCGACUGGCAGCGCUGGCUGUUUGGGGAGCUGCCUCUCUGCUACUUCGCACGGGUCUUUGACGUUUUCCUAGUGGAGGGCUACAAGGUGCUGUACCGCGUGGCACUGGCCAUCCUUAAGUUCUUCCACAAGGUGAGGGCCGGGCAGCCACUGGCGUCGGACAGCGUGAAGCAGGACAUCCGCAUGUUUGUCAAAGACAUUGCCAAGACGGUAUCCCCCGAGAAGCUGCUGGAGAAAGCGUUCGCCAUCCGCCUCUUCUCCCGAAAGGAGAUCCAGCUCCUGCAGAUGGCCAACGAGAAAGCCCUGAAGCAGAAGGGCAUCACCGUGAAGCAGAAGAGUGUGUCACUUUCUAAAAGGCAGUUUGUACACUUGGCGGUCCAUGCAGAGAACUUCCAUUCGGAGAUCGUCAGCGUGAGGGAGAUGAGAGACAUCUGGUCCUGGGUCCCUGAGCGCUUUGCCCUGUGCCAGCCCCUCCUAUUGUUCUCCUCCCUGCAGCACGGGUACAGCCUGGCCAGGUUCUACUUCCAGUGUGAAGGACAUGAGCCUACCCUCUUGCUCAUCAAGACCACGCAGAAGGAGGUGUGUGGCGCUUACCUCUCCACAGACUGGAGCGAGAGAAAUAAGUUUGGAGGCAAACUGGGCUUCUUUGGAACCGGAGAAUGCUUUGUGUUUAGGCUGCAGCCUGAGGUGCAGCGCUACGAGUGGGUAGUGAUUAAGCACCCCGAGCUGACCAAGCCCACGCCCUUGAUGGCUGCCGAGCCCACUGCCCCGCUCAGCCACUCCACCUCUUCAGACCCCGCCGACCGCCUCUCACCCUUCCUGGCCACUCGUCACUUCAACCUGCCCUCCAAGACCGAGUCCAUGUUCAUGGCCGGGGGCAGCGACUGCCUCAUUGUCGGGGGAGGCGGUGGCCAGGCGCUCUACAUCGAUGGGGACCUGAACCGGGGCCGUACAAGCCACUGCGACACCUUCAACAACCAGCCCCUCUGCUCCGAGAACUUCCUCAUUGCCGCCGUGGAGGCCUGGGGCUUCCAGGACCCUGACACCCAGUGACAGCCUGCGCCAGGAGCGUGAAGCUUUUGCUGGGCCUCCUUGCGAGUUCCCCUCUGAAGAGGUGGCCCCAGGAGAGGCCCCCAAGGACCAACUGAGACCAGCAAGCUCCAUUUCCAGGGGUCUGCCCAGAGAAGCCGGGACCCAGGGUGCUUCUCAGCCCCUCCCUUCCAGCCCAGGCCUCCCUGAGCUCCUGCAGCCUCCGUGGCCGCCCAUUUUACCUCUGUCUUUGCAGUGACCUGGGACCCAGGGUCACGUCGCAUCCCUUCUUUGUGGCAUGCUCAUCUCUGUCCAGCCCCAGCUGCUUCUCUGCCCUGCGCCCUCCCCAGGCCCGGCCACACGGUACCGAGGGCCUCAGCCACCUUGCAUGGAUGCAUGUCCUCCCUCUGUCCCUCUCCUGGUGCCGAGGCCGGCCACAUGUCAGGUUUUCUGUGCGCCUCUCCCAUGACAGCCUUUGGGCCCCUGGGCCCCUGCCCUGCCUGAGCCCUGCACUGGCCAGAUGCAGGUAGACACCAAGGAAGGCCUUGCCUCUGGGUAUUGCAGGGGCCAGCCCCCCGCCUUGUGACCUCCUUCAGCUGGUCUUGAGGGUCUGGGCACCACGGAGGGGAGAAGAGAGAAGCAGAGACCCAAGUGGCUGUUCUGGGACCAUGGAGGCCUGGGUCACAGACAGGUGCCAGCAGUCCUGCCCCCACCCCCAUCCCUGCUGGCCUCCAGCCAGUGCCACUUGGGGUCCCCUGCACCAUGCCGCUGUCUAUCCCCACACCGUUGCCUGCUCCUCCCGUGGGCGUUCAGCCUUCCCUGGCCAUCUGCUCACGUAGCCUCUGACUGGGCCCACAGUGGUGCAGGAGGAAGAACCUGGAACCCUGUGUGGCUUCCAGCAAGCUGACAAACCUGCCUGGAACUCAACUUCCCCAACUGUGAAAUGGGGCCAGUCCCCCUGCCCUGCAGUCCUCCUCACGGUACUGUUGAGAGGCUGAGAGGCGGAAGUGUGAAUCCCUCUCACUGGGAGUGGUAGGGGAGGAAAGUUGCCACUCAUCCGUCCCGGCGCACUGCAGCCCUCCAAGCCCCUGCCCCUGAGCCACCCCCAAGGCCUUUGUCUGUACCGCCAGCUGUGGUGUUCAUUACACACGGUCUUGCUGCUUCAGCUCCAAAAGUCCGAGACUCUGGUCUCUUCAGCCACGGGGCCUCCGGGGGCUUCCUGGGCCUGUAGCCAAGCGGGUGUGGGAGGCUGCCCGCUGCAGUGCUCACCCACAUUCUACAACUGGAACGCUGCAAGCCUCUUCCAGGGAGCCCUCAGGAGCAGGGAAGUCACAUUUGAGGACCAUUUGUAGGUUUCCCUCUGCAAACUUCCUGAACUGGUUGGUGAUUUCUCUGGCAAGUUAAGUCCAGCAGGUUCUGCCUGGCUGCCCCAGGGGGCCUGUCCCGGCCUUCCCGGUGAUCCUGACCGGGAGGAACGACUGCUGCUGGGUCAUGAUUUCCACGUCAUGAGCGAAGCUCUCUGUGUUGUGUGUGCAUGCACAAUAUUGUUUCUUUACAUUUACUAUCUUUUCCUAACUUGCCUACUGACCUAGAAGGCAUAUGUGAUUAUUUCUUUUUAUUCUUAUCAUUGAACUUGUUAUCAUCUGAUACUAGGUAUUCUCAAAUAGAACAUAAUUUAUUUUGUUAAUGAUCUUAUUUCUUCUUGAUUAUUUAUUAGCUUUGGGUGUUACAAAUUAGCCAAAAGUGGCUGCUCUGCCUUUGGAGUAGCCAUUCUUUAUUAACAACGACAGAAAGCUGAAAUUCCAUGAAGCUGCAUCAUGGAUUAUCCUUUGUUUUUAGAAACAUUUAAACAUUUAUUUUUUGAUUUUUUUUAAUAGACUGUGCCGAAUAAAUGUUUAACAUUUAUUUUUAAAACAAAAAUUGAACCUAAUUGAAAAGAGUUUGUUAAAUGAAUUUAUUGAAGCAGAUGACAUGCCUUCAGCGCUUCAGAAAGUCAGUUUCAGCAAAAUGACUUAGGAGAGCUAGUCAUUUGGACUGGAAUUUUUUUAGAGUUUUAAUGAACUAAAAGUAUUUUAAUUUCUUUCUAUUUUUGUAAGCCACAUGCUUCAUUUUUUGAGUUUUUCAGUGAAACUUGUUUUCUGAUCCACUUUCUGAACCCAUAAAGCAUUUGCAGUCUCCUUGAGUAUUUUAUAUUUAAUAAUUUAGUUUUUACUUUGUACCUUUUUAUUUUGAAGUAAUUUUUGAUUUGCAGAAGAGUUGCAGAGACGCACAGGGUUUCCGUGCAGCCCCACCUUCCCCGACGGCAACAUCGAAACAAGGAAACGGUGCGCCGCCGUUCAGUAACCACAGGCCUGCGGAGACCGCCGCGUGUUUCCCACCGUCCAGGAACCAGUUUAAACCUUACGGUUACUUCCUUUCUCACAUUUUCACCAAAUCCAGAAUGUCAUCAAACUCACAAGACCAACACUGUUCCAAAACACCCAAAUGACCACCCAUUAGGCAAUACGGCACCUGCCUCAGAUUUGAGUUCACGUGGAUUCUUUUUUCCUUUUGCUCCCAUUUUGUAGAGAACGUAGUCUUUGUAUGUUGCCCAGGCUAGUCUCGAACUCCCAGGCCCAAGCAAUCCUCCCGCCUCUGCCUCCCGACGUGCUGGGGGCACAGGCGUGAGCCACCGUGCCCAGCUCAGUGGGAUUCUUGCUGGGUCUCUCUCUCAGCCUGAAUGUCUUGUGUGCAUGGAGAAAUCACGAAAUGAAGCAGGAGUGCCAAACAAGCCCAGCGGCGCUUCGCCCUCCAGCUUCUCUGUUAGGUAGGAAAGCGUGGACUUUGACACAUAAUCUGCUGUGAAGAGCUUUAAAACUCAUCUUCACCGUCCUCGUGUCGGAUUGUGCUUGAGAAGUUAGGUACAAUGUCACGUGAUUCGUUGCUAAAAACAAAAUGCCUCCCGCAGUGGAGACUCAACAUUUCACCAAACGGUGGAAUUGGCAGCACCUUUGCUCGGGACCAAGGAAGCAAAGUCAGUGGAUACUGGGUCCUGCAGACACGUGACCUGUGACGAGGCACGGACAACACGCUGACAAAACCCUGACGUUUGGUCAAAAGCUGUGAGCUAAGCAUUGAAGGGGAAAAAUAGUUGUGUGAAUAGUUUUACCCCUUAGUUCCUAUGAAGGAGGCUUAUCGGGCUGGAGAAACGUUUAUUGGGCUGAGGCUUUGGAGCCUCUCAAUGCCCGUAAUAAAAAAUGUGCAGUGAGCACAAAUGUAUGGACGUGGAGUGCGAUCCAGCUUUGAAAAUGUGAAAAUAAGUGACUUAGUGAUAGGUUUGGUUGGUGUUCAUUCGAGUCCUAAAUAAAAUUGAGAACUGCUAGAAGAA